GUACUCCAGCAGCAGCGGGAAAAGCUGGCUAAGUUGAUCCAAUUGAAGAAGCUCCAGGAUUUGCAAAAGUCCUUGUUGGCCUUACACGCUCUGCAAGCCUCCAAAGCGAAUAAGCCAAGUAUCGACACUGCCGACACGCUGCCCAUGGAGUGUGAGGCUGGUGCAAGCCACAGUACAGGUGCUUCAUCGAAGGCUCAUCUCAAUGAGAUAGCUUUUGACCAUGGCCUGAAGCGUUCUGAUGACUCAGCUGAAAGGGAGGGGAACAAACUUCAAGGUUCUGGCACGGGGCUUGAAGGUCUGAAGCAAACCUGUCCAGAGCCGCAGCAGGGCCAGCCUGCAGAGGAGGAAAAACACGUUGAGGCAGAGCAGACUGCCAAAGAGGGAGAGGGGCAGGCUGAUGUGAGAGAAAGGGGACACCAAGGUGAGGGCCCAACAGGUGCAAUGCAGGUCAAUGAUGCUGAUGUGGAAGAAACGGGUCACCGAGGUGAGGACUCAAUGCGUGCUGCUGAGCCAAAGUCAGUGGAGGUUGAGGAGCGGGCAGAGGUGCCUGGAAAACCGCAAGAACCGGAGGUCGUGGCUUUGGAUGAGGCAUCGAAGGUCGCAGAAUACCUGGUGGCAAAGGAUGUGUCUGACGCAGCAGCAGCACAGCAUGGGCACAACUGCUUGGACUUAGGUUUGCCAGAGGGAUGGGGUGGCCUCAAAUAUUUGUCGCCUGAGCAGCAAUCAGCUGCCGUGCCCCGGGCUAAGGCCAAGCCCAAGGCAAAAGGCCGCCCCAAAAAGAACAAGGAUGAAGCAAAGCCUGAAGGCAAACGACGAGCAAGAAAGAAGCCUGAGCCAAAGGAGAAAGAGGUAGAGGUUGAGGAGGACGGAGGAGGUGAGGAGGCACAGGCUUGUGGGGUGGAAGCACAGGCAAAAAAGGCAGCGCAGGAAGAGGGAAAGGGAAAGGGAGACGGUCCUGAUCCUGGAGAGCGCAGAGUGAGGAGACGGACUGCGCAGGUUGAGGCUGAAGCUGAGGGUGCAAGUGCCAGUCAUGGUGGGAAGGUUGCUCGGGCCUCAAAGGCCAAUAGAAGAGGAAAGGCCAGGGAAGACCAAGAGGGUGGGCCCAAGAGAAGGCGUACAGUCAAAGACGAUCCCAAGGAAGCUUUGCGCAGCAAGGGCUGUUGCAGGUACCAAGAAGUGUACCGGUAUUUGACCAAGCAUUGUGGUGUGCCCGAAGAGGAUGCCAGAUAUGAAGCCCGAAUAGUAUUGCUUCUACUUUGGAGUGGCUUAGACCUAAGCAAACAAUACCGUGUGGUCGAAUACUUCAGCGGCCGUGCUUGCGUUAGCGCAGCGCUGCGUGAAAUGGGUAUGGCUGUGGGUUCGUAUGACUUGGACUAUGGCCAGUCCAUGGAUUUCCUAUCACUAGGAGGUUUCGUGGUAGCAAUGGUGUUAUCACUUCGCACCGCUGCCCUUGGUCUGCACAUCUUCGCUCCUGACUGCAGCUCGUGGACGAGGAUAAGCCGCGGCUCCAGCCUGCGAGAUCAAGUGUGCGCGACAGGGGAUUUGGGCAAACUCUGGAUACAGAACGCUAAUCGUAUGAUUUCACGGCUGACCCUGAUGCUGAUUAUGGCGGCCUCCCAGAACAUCUUGUGGUUGGUUGAACAACCUGAGGGGAGCAAGGAUGUCUUAUUUCGACAUCCUCGCCUCGAUUUCUUCAGCAAUGCUGUAAGCUGGGUUGCUUGGUACCAACUAGGCAGCCAAAUGGAAACCAACAGGUCACCGCGGUCAUGA